AUGCAUGAUGUUGACCUGUUGCCACUAAAUCCAGAGAUUAGUUACGGAUUUCCUGGCGAAGGUGUUGUGAGGCACAUUUCUGCACCACAAUAUCAUCCCAAGUAUAACUACUCGAAAUUCAUUGGCGGCGUGUUAAUGCUAACAAUGGACGAUUACAAAGCUGUAAACGGCAUGUCGAACAAGUACUGGGGUUGGGGAUUGGAAGAUGAUGAGUUUUAUCUGAGGAUAAUGGACGCUUCAUUGAACCUCACAAGGGUUGCAAACCUUUCCACGAAUCGUUUCAAUACGUUCCGUCAUAUUCAUGGUGUCGACAGAAAACGUGACUACGCUGUUGUGACAAAGGAUCAGAAGGCCAUGAAAAGAAGGAGGGAUCACGUCUCAGGUCUGAAUAGUGUGAGGUACAACAUCACCGCCCGUCGAAGUCUGUCUUACGGUGAAGCUACGGUAAAUGUAGUCGAUGUGCAUCUUUACUGUGAUAUGAAAUGGACCCCAUAUUGCAAGUUCAAGUCUAGUCGGUAA